UAUUGUGAUAGAGUCUGCAGUUGCAGAGGCUGCAGGUCCUGGGGUCAAGCAGGAGAGGUCUGAAGGAGAGGAGGACCCAUGGCACAGUAGAGACAUCCAGACUAGAGUAGCUGGAGCGCCCCCUGUAGCCACAGAUGACCCCACCACUGCCCCAGCACAGCCCAGGACCCGAUGCAGCAUCACGGAGGUCAGUGGAAUGCCGAACGCCGUCCUCAAGUCAGAGACAGACACCAAGACUUUAACUGUACACACAGGAUCUGACCACAGGUCAGACCCAGAGACACUGGGACUGAGGAGACUGGGCUGUCCUCCAGUUCCCGGCUCAGAGUAUUUACCGGUAUUUCACCAAAUCCAGAAGGUGGUUAAUUCCCGUGGAGAUGGUGCCACGUUAGAUACAGAAGUUGAUGAUCCGUCUUGUUCUUACGCUACAGAGAUGGACCCUGGCAACAUGCCCUUGGGUUUAAAGAGACAGACUGAUCAGUCGAAAUGGGACUGGAACCAGUACAGUAGUACUGCAUGCUCUGAAGGGUGCUUAGAUAAGAAAGGGGAGGUUAUAGUGAUAGAUGAAGUGACUGUGAAAGUGGAGGGGGAUGUUCCACCCACAUGGAAGGCAGUUAGUCACCAAGGAGAUGGACACUCACAGGGCAGAGAUUUCUUAGAUUACAGGGAAAGCUUAGAGACAAAUCCAAAUGUCACGACCCACUCCCCUUUACACGCACUCAGGGAUUGCGACCCAGUGUCCACAUCGAUGGGACCUUCCGAUUCACAAGGCCACAUCCUUUUCGAUCAGGUAUUGAACUCAAACGACAGGGCUAGAGCCCAGGCUCAGGGAGGGGGAGCCACAUCAGGCAAUAUUAAAGAGAAACGGUUCCUCUGCAUGUUCUGUCACAAAGGAUUCAGCUGCCUCCAGAAGGUGGAGAUCCACCAGAGGGUCCACACAGGGGAGAAACCCUUCAGCUGUACCCAAUGUGAGAAGAGGUUCUCCCGCCAGGACCACCUGAAAAGGCACCAGAGGAACUUCUACUCUGAGACUCUUUGUGGAUACGGGUCUUGA